GUGGAAAUACUGGGAGUGGGAAUUGGGAAUCAUUGUGUCUGUCAAGUAAAAUACAAAUACAAAAUACUGAUUGUCAGAGAUUGAUGGUUUGGUUUGGUUAUGUUGUGUUUAUAAAUUUGUUGAAACGUAGUUAAUUGGCCGUAGUUUAUUUUAUUUAAAUUUUAUAUAGGCUACACGUCUUGCACAAUCUGCUUAACAUACUUAAAAUAUUUAUUUAUAGAUAGAUCCAUCACGUGGUGUUGUAUUCAUCUGGGUGAAAAUGAAGAAAAAGGUACUUUUGAUGGGAAAAAGUGGCUCCGGCAAAACUAGCAUGAGGUCUAUAAUAUUUGCCAAUUAUAUCGCAAGAGAUACCCGUCGUUUGGGAGCUACAAUUGAUGUAGAACACUCACACGUCAGAUUCUUAGGAAAUCUUGUCCUUAAUUUGUGGGAUUGUGGAGGUCAGGAGGCUUUCAUGGAGAACUACUUUGCGAGUCAGCGAGACAACAUCUUCCGCAACGUGGAGGUGUUGAUCUAUGUGUUCGACGUAGAGUCCCGAGAGCUGGACAAAGACAUGCACUACUAUCAGAGUUGUCUUGAGGCCAUCCUGCAGAACUCUCCUUGUGCCAAAGUCUUCUGUCUGGUGCACAAAAUGGAUCUGGUGCAGGAGGAUCAACGAGACGCGAUUUUUCGAGAAAGGGAAGAAGACCUCAGAAGACUAUCAAAACCACUUGAGUGCACAUGUUUCCGAACAUCAAUAUGGGAUGAAACCUUGUACAGGGCAUGGUCGUCCAUCGUGUACAUGUUGAUUCCUAACGUGAAGGAGUUGGAGACAAGUCUGAACCAGUUCGCUAAUAUCAUCGACGCAGAUGAAGUGCUGCUAUUUGAGAGAGCGACGUUCCUUGUCAUCUCACACUGCGAGCGACGACCUCACCGAGACAUCCACCGCUUCGAGAAAGUUUCCAACAUCAUAAAACAGUUCAAACUCAGCUGCAGUAAAGUGGCAGCCCAGUUUCAGAGCAUGGAGGUGCGAAAUUCCAACUUUGCCGCUUUCAUUGAUGUGUUCACGUCCAACACAUACGUGAUGGUGGUCAUGUCAGAUCCCAACAUCCCUUCGGCCGCGACACUCAUCAACAUCCGCAACGCUCGAAAACACUUUGAGAAACUGGAGCGAGAAAGUCAGAACCAGAGUGCGCUCACUAGGCCUUCGUACGAGGUCGAUUCGUGGAAUGCAGCGAGAGUACCUUGAGUUUAGUGAUGCAAGUUCUCUUUUGUAUCUGAGAUUUAUAUAUUGUUAUUGUUUUGUAUUCGUGCAUGUGUUCAUUUUUAAAUUGUAUUUAUGGUUUGACUAGAACUAACUGAGGUUAACAUCUCAAUGUUACAUUUGUGACUAUGUUAGCCAUAUCGUGCUACCCUUACCCGCUUUGAUAAAUGUUUUUGCUAGUAAAAAUAUUUGUUCAGCAUAAAAGCUUCUCAAUGAGCAAAUAAAAUAAUGACGGAAAAAAAUGUUAUUUCAACUCUCAUCUCAGUAGUAAAGCCUGCUUCAAAAGGAUAUUGUGAUCAUGACAUCGUGAUGGGAAGUCAACUUCAGUUUUUAGUCUACGUUUCUAGUUGACCCUAAAAUUUGUUUUCCUUCAAAUGUUUUAGUAAUUAGUUACCUUUAUGACCAAGAUAUCAAGCAAGUAUAGAAAUCAAAAUUGUAAUGUCACUAAUCAUAUUGUAAAAAUUAUUUAAUUUCAGUAAUCUUAUAAAAUAUGAAUUUUUAUACCGUUAUUAUUGGUUUGUGUAGCUACAAAUAAAUAUAUUCUUAAAUUAAAGUGAGCUCCUUUAGCUUAGUAGACUAUUUUACACAAGUUAACAUAAUCAUGGUUUUUCUUGUAAAGUUGUGAGGUAUCGAAAUAAUUUUUUUGCUGAGGUAAUCAGACAAAUUAUCCUGUAAAGUUUUAGCAUAAUUUAUAUCUGUGAUAGUAAACAACCGUGGAUACCCUUGCCUCCUUUUCUGAGGUAAAAUAUAUCGCUAGUUAUUCUAGGAAAGGGCCUGCACUAUGCUAUUAUUUCUCUUCUCUAUCGGUUUUACGAAUAUUAGCGUUUCCUAUCAUAGAGCAAAGAAGUUUUUGUACUAUCUAAAUAGCCAAUAGAACCUACAACCCUUUCUCAAUGGAAGGAAUUGCUAGCAUUCGUAAUACCUGAAAACCAAACAUCUUGUAGUUAAUGCCCAAUUAUUGUCAAUGGUAAUGAAUAGAACCACAUAAUGGCAAGAAACAAAUUUAUAUUCUUCUGUGACAAAUGUAUACCAUUGUUGUGAAAUCUUGUUUUGAAAUCAAUUAAUGUUAUACAUGACUUUUUUGCAUGCAUUGUGGGAAUAGUACGUAGGAUAAUUUAAUACUGUUUAUAAUUCAUGGUAUUGUUAUUUAUCUGUAUAUAAAUUGAACUGAAAAUGUUAAUGAAUUAUAUUUUUUUAUAAAAUUUA